AUGUCGACAGCUCGAUCCGUCCAGCUCACCCCGCGCGAGCAGCAGCUUCGCCUCCUGCUCGUCAACGUUGCCAAGUUCAUCGAUUCGACGGCCAAGCUCGGCCAGCCCGUCAUCCUGCGCUGGGCGGGAGGCUGGGUGCGCGACAGGCUGCUGGGCAUCGAGAGCCACGACAUCGACGUCGCCAUCAAUGCCAUGACCGGACAGCAGUUUGCGCAGCAUCUCUCGGAGUAUUGCAAGCGGCCCGAAGCCGUCGAGACGCAUGGCUUUCUGCCCGGCGACAUUGGGCGGCUUCACCACAUUGCAAGCAACCCGGACAAGUCCAAGCAUCUCGAGACCGCCAUGGUCAAGCUGUUUGGCAUGGACCUGGACUUUGUCAACCUCCGCAAGGAGACGUAUGCCGAGGACAGUCGCAACCCGCAGAUGGAGUUUGGCACGGCGGAGGAAGAUGCGCUUCGUCGCGAUGCCACCAUCAACGCCCUGUUUUAUAACCUGCACACGGAGGAGGUUGAGGAUUUCACUGGCGGCAUUCGAGACAUGGAGGCCAAGGUCAUACGGACACCCAUGGAGCCUUUCCAGACGUUUAUGGACGAUCCCCUGAGAGUACUGCGUCUGAUUCGGUUUGCUUCUCGUCUGGGCUUUACCAUAGAUGAGACAUCAGAAAAGUUUAUGAGCGAUGAGAGAGUUCUGGAAGCGCUACGGAAGAAGAUCAGCCGCGAGAGAGUUGGCGUGGAGUUGGAAAAGAUGCUGAAGGGCAAAACUCCCCGGGUGGCGUUGGAGUUAUUGGAUCGCCUCAAUCUCUACCAGGCCAUUUUCAGCGACCCUCUGCAGGAAGAUGUGGAGAUGCCUGACAUAUCCCGAUGGCACGUUGCGUACACCUGUCUCGAUGAGGUGUUACGAGAUCAAGAACCUGGGUCGAUAGGCCGGAUUCUGGUCGAGGACGCCGACAGCACGUAUUUGGCGUGGAAUCUUGCUGCCGUCAGCCCCUGGAUCCCUGUAGAAGAUCGCUCCGGGCGCAAGCAAAAGGCAAACGCCCCCCCUCCCGUUGUUGUCAUUGCUCGCGAAGGCUUCAAAGCUUCGAACAAGCUUACGACCGUCAUGGCGGCCUGCCACAAGCAUCGCGCGGAGAUACUUGCGCUGAAAAAGGCAGUGUGCGAAUCCGCGCCGACGAUACACGAGCGGGACACGGUCGGCAUGGCCAUCAGGAAGUGGGACGCAGGGGGCGGGCACUGGAAGCUUCAAGUAUUGGGGGUGAUGCUGGUUGAUGCCAUGGAGCAGCUUGACAAGUUCCCCGCGGAAGACAGCAAAGUUCGCGACGAGUUUCUUCACGGAUGGGACAGGUUUCUCAAGCACCUCGCCGAGCUGGACGUGUUCGAUGCUCCGAACCUGAAGCGCAUCAUUGACGGGCGCGCUCUGGCAAAGGCCCUGGGCAUCCCGCCCGGCACUUGGAUGGGCAAAGCUUUGGAGAUAUGCAUGGCUUGGCAACUACGUAACCCAGAUGAGAAAGAUCCAGAGGGGGCCAUACAGGCAGUAAGAGACAAGGCCGACGAACUCGGCAUAAGUCCAACAACGUAG